AUGACUCUGGGUGAUGCUAGGAUUUUGGUGAACUCCAUUACCCAGCCUGCACUGCUGUAUGAGAAUGUGGUGGUGAGCGAAGGGAACCCAAUUUUAAGGGACAUGCUGUUCAGCCCUGACCAUCAAUACAUCUACACCCUCACAGAUGAAGAGGUGAGACGGGUGCCGGUGGAGAGCUGCGAGCAGUACAGCAGCUGCAGCGAGUGUCUGGCUUCUGGUGAUCCCCACUGUGGCUGGUGUGUCCUGCACAGUGUAUGUUCUCGUAAGGACCGCUGUGAGCGAGCCGAUGAGCCGCAGCGCUUCGCCUCCAGACUGGAGCAGUGCGUCCGACUCAUGGUGCAGCCCAACAAUAUUUCAGUCACCAUGUCUGAAGUUCAGCUGGUUCUUCAGGCUCAGAACGUCCCCAGUCUGGCUGCGGGCAUCAACUGCUCAUUUGAGGACUACACUGAGACGGAGGGACACAUCAUGGGUGGACGUAUAUACUGCCUGUCCCCCUCCGCACGGGAGAUCGCUCCCAUCACGCGCAACCAGGGUGACAAGCGGGUGGUGAAGCUCUAUCUGAAAUCCAGGGAGACGGGGAAGAAGUUUGCCAGUGUGGAUUUUGUCUUCUACAACUGCAGUGUCCAUCAAUCGUGUCUUUCCUGUGUGAAUGGCUCCUUUCCAUGCCACUGGGUGCAAAUACCGACACAUGUGCACUCACAAUGCCAACGACUGCUCCUUCCAGGAGGGCCGCGUCAAACAUGUCUGAG